AUGGACCAGGCCCAAGCAGUCUAUGAAGGAGCUUUGAAUGAGAUAAUUAGACAUAUACAAGAUGACCCACAAAUCAGCACCAUGUUUAGUCAACAAAAUGUCAACUCAGUUGCACCACGCGAACAGGGAUUCAUCAUUGGGGUGGUGGACAAUGAUGAAGGUUGGCCAUUGCCUUUCCCAUUUGACCUAGGCUUUACUAAAGCCAAGAACCAUGAAGGGCAUAGUGAAUCAUCCUCGGGUGUCAGGAGGAUAGCUAACAGCAGUUUAGCAGUUAGAAUGCUGAAUCUCUUUCAGCAUCCAGCUCCAGAUCCAGAAAGCCUACACCCUCAGAUCAUGGCUGGUGAGAAUGGACUGGACAGUAUCAAUUCCUGCAAACCACUGGCAGAGCAUGGUGACAUUUCCUUUGAAGUGUCCUUUAAUGAUGAAUCAUUGCCAAACCCAGUUGUGCAUACUCUGAACAUGGCUCACUACAAUCUGGAGGGACUUAAUAUACUAGCUCAUGUGGCCAAAACAGAACUAUCUCACUGGAUUAUAGCUGACAAAAGAUCAUCUGAAGCAAUGAACUGCAAGAGGGGUGAAGUCAAUCAUGUUCUGAGACUGACUAGUCUAGAUGUUCAAGGUAAAACAUCACCCAGAAAAGACAUGCAUUCACUAAAGAUGACUAAGGAUUCAAUCAUGUGA